AUGGGAAACUCGCAAGGGAAACAGGUGGCCGCCACCGAUGAGUUAAAUUUGAAUCAGUUUCGUUUGUUGCGGGUGGUUGGCAAGGGUGCGUUCGGCAAGGUUCGCAUCGUGGAGAAGAAAGACACCGGGUUGACGUUCGCGCUGAAAUAUAUUCGGAAGGAAGAAGUUGUCCGGUCGGAAAGCGUACGAAAUAUCAUCCGUGAACGGCGGAUGCUCGAGCACCUCAACCAUGCCUUCCUUUGCAACUUGAGAUACAGCUUCCAAGACAUUGAAUAUAUUUACAUUGUGGUGGAUUUGAUGAAUGGCGGUGACCUCCGCUUUCACAUCUCGCGGAAAUGUUUCACGGAGGAGGCAGUGAGAUUCUGGAUAGCUGAGCUGGGCUGCGCUCUGAGGUACAUUCACUCGCAGGGAAUUAUCCAUCGUGACGUCAAGCCGGACAAUAUUCUGCUUGACUCGGAGGGGCAUGUUCAUUUGGCCGAUUUUAACGUUGCCUCUGACUUUCGACCCGGCAAACCUCUCACAAGUAAAUCGGGAACACUGGCGUAUCUCGCUCCGGAAGUGUAUGAAGGAGGCGGAUACUAUUGCGAAGUUGAUUGGUGGUCACUUGGAGUUACAUUCUACGAGUGUAUCUACAACAAGCGCCCGUUCGAAGGUCGGAGCCAGGACGUGCUCAGCGAAAACAUCAAAAAGGCGCAACCAAAGUACUACGUCACCAACCCCGCGGUCUCCGUUCCCUGCCUCCGAGCAAUGUCGGCGUUUAUGGAAAGAGAUCGGUCGAAGCGGAUUGGUGCGAUCAGCUUUGAGAGCUUCACCUCGCAUAUGUUUUUCGCCGACCUCGACUUUGUUGCCCUGGAGUCGAAGGAAAUCCCGCCUGUGUUCCGUCCGUCCAGCGACAAGACCAACUUUGACGCCACAUAUGACUUGGAGGAACUUCUCUUGGAGGAGGCGCCGCUCGAGGCCAGAGCUCGCCGGCAAAAACCGAGAGCCGAGUUGCGGGAGGAUGCGACGGCUAAGGAAAUCCGCGAGGACGAACUGCAUCGUCUCAUUGAGACGAUGUUUGAGCCCUUCGAUUAUACAAAGGUGAACUACGUAGGGUACGUUGGUCUCCAAGCAAACGGAGAUGGGGAUGCCGUGCUAACCAACAUCAGCAACGCUGCGGAUGCGAUUGCAGCAUCAACAAACCCGGAAGAAUGCCUGCCGAUCCACCAAACGCAGUCGUCAACGCAUUCCCGACAAGUCUCACAGCCCGACCUCUCCAGAAACUCGCCUCCUCUCCGAAACGAUGGCUCUGUCAGUCACUUGACUCAGCCUGACACCCCGUCUCCUCUCAGCGAAACCCCCACCUCGCAAGCCUCGCUACCUCCUCCACCCCCGCCGCCGGCCCCGCCCUUCCACCGUCCCUUGCCACCGACUGCCGUGCGCCCGCGGGGCGCGACCCGGAAACAAAGCAAGGGCGGAGGGGUACAGAUGGUGUUGGAAGAAGCGGGUAGCUGGAGCGAGCUUGCGGAUCAUAGCUCCACCCUGCCUGCCGAAGGCUACGAUACCGGGUCAGUCAAAGGGAAGGGCUCCAAUAGCGGCAUGCUCGCCUUCCUCAGCAGGAAGAAGGGGCGCGAUAGGAGCCCCAAGCCCCAGGAGCCCGGUGUGCUGGGUAAAGAAGGCGCCCGGCAGAUUAUCAGCUGA